UUCUCUCAUUUGGGUUAAAAGAAAGAGAUGAAACCAUAGGACUUGUAGAACAGUAUCGAGCAGCUUCAAACAGUUGAAGUAACGAUUAUAAAAAUAAACACUGCAAAUCAUGAGCUAUCCGGCCGCGACAGUUCGACACUGUUGCUUUGGGAACACCAAAACAUCCUAGUCUCCUCAAGCCGUGGAAUUAAAAGUAAGAUAGCCUGAUGUGACAGGCUAACGCGUAUCAUCUUUAAUGAGCGUGAACAUUGCCCGUGGCUCAAAGCUGUGAGCUGUCAUGUGGUUCAGCAAUUUCCAAUCUGUUGGAUGAAAAUUAUAUUAUAUUAUACUUGACGUAGUUAAUCGCGUGAAGUGUUGCCUGUGAUAAUACAUAGUAUAUUUGUUGAAAGUUGAGGAUGCAAUGCCAGCGCGUAGACGACGAGGUGGCUCCGAACACGAAAUUGAUCCAAUGAUCACAACCUCCAACAGUGCAUAUCAAAAUCGUGAUUUUGGACAUCAAUACUACAAUGAUAGAGUUGUUUCUCAACAACUAGAUAUCAACAAUAAACAGCAAGAAGCUAACUUAGUGACAAUGACUUCGCGAGACAGGACCAAAGAGUUUGCGAAUGCGAUUCGCACGAUGCAGGGAAGGACAGUGGCGCGAGCCGCUGUUAUGAGAGAUCCUAGACAGGCUCGUCAAAUACAGAGUUAUUCCAAUUUUAUGAUGAUUGCUAAGAAUAUUGGAAAGAAUAUCGCUAGCACUUACACCAAACUGGAAAAACUUGCGUUGCUGGCAAAGAAGAAAUCGUUGUUUGACGAUAGACCAUCAGAAAUCCAAGAAUUGACUUACAUCAUAAAAGGGGAUUUGAAUAGUUUGAAUCAGCAAAUAGCAAAAUUGCAAGAAGUAGGUAGACAACAGCGGGAGAGUCUUGGGACGACACGUGGUCAUCACCUUGCCUCUCACUCCUCUUCUGUAGUCGUCGCUCUGCAAUCAAAAUUAGCCAACAUGUCUAAUCACUUCAAAAACGUUCUUGAAGUGAGGACAGAAAACUUGAAACAACAACAAUGCCGAAGGGAACAGUUUACACAAGGAUCGGUAUCUUCGUCGUUACCUCCUAGUGCAGUAUCAGGGCGUCAAGGUUCCUUGCUUCUUCAAGAACAAGCAAAUUCUUCCUCUGUUAGCAUCGAUUUGGAACCCGCAAUGGGACAGCAAGUAAUGCAGCGUCAAGCAGUCCUCUACGACGAAACAGAUACUUAUGUACAGUCGAGAUCAGAUGCUAUGCAGAAUAUUGAAUCUACAAUUGUUGAACUUGGAGGAAUCUUUCAACAACUGGCUCACAUGGUCAAAGAACAGGAAGAAAUGGUUGAAAGGAUAGACAGCAACAUACAAGAUACCGAGUUAAACGUAGAGGCUGCGCAUGGUGAAAUUUUAAAAUACUUCCAAUCAGUCACGAACAAUCGGUGGCUGAUGAUAAAAAUUUUUGCUGUUCUUAUAUUCUUCUUUAUAUUCUUCGUUGUCUUUGUAGCAUAGGGCAAAAAUCCGUCAAAACGAUAUACUAUUAUAAUUAUGUAUAUUAUUUGACCAUUUACUUGUAUUAAGAACUUAUUAAAAAAAAUAUCUGUUUAACUGACGCGGGAAUAACUUUUUUUUUUUAUAAAGUAGGUUCAGUGUGGAUAUUGUACCAUAAGCAUCGAAAUUGUAUAUUCACAACUGUUCCGAUUACGGGAAAUUAGCUAUUUUUAAUAUUUUAUAAAUAUAACAGAGUAUUUGCAUUCAUAUGUAUAUUAUCAAACUAUACCGUACAUAGUGAUAAUUACGACAAUAUUCAAUUAAAUAAUCACAUGAUAGUUAAUUGAAUUGUAUUAUCUUAGAAAAAUUAUAUUUGUACGGUUUAGUUGAUAAUAUUAAAGUUUUACCGUAAUCACCUAGUAAGAAUAUUCGAGCUUCUAAUGCUGAAAUAUUUUCGCAAUAUCGAUUUAUCUACAUUAAUUUUGAAUCAAUGUCGCUUAACACGGCCAAUCCAUCAAUUGAAUUUUUAUGCAUCUCCACCUAAUCAUUGUGUACAGUGGAAUACAAGUUAUUGAGGCCUUGAUCAAUUGUGUGAACUGGUAUAGUCAUAAGACUGCCCUUGACACUUAACCACAAUUCGUAUACGAUUACUUGCGAGUCAUGUGUCCCAUUAUGGAUAUAACAAGUAGCAACAGUUAAUCGCAACAAAAUAUUACACACAAAAUAGUAUCUAUUCUUGCCUAACUGGGUGCCUUAUAUGUAUAUUCUAAAGGAGUGGCAGUACAAUUUCAUACGUCAACACAAUCGAUCUUGGCUUUUACAAUAUCAAUGUAAGGAAUGAAGUGGGCCAUCAUUUCGCAAACUGCGUAACUGCAAUUCUGAUAUUGGCAACUUAUACUAUUGUAUCACUAAAUUGUGGUUUACGCAAAUGAAUAGGCUGGUUAUAUUUGUAUAAAGUAUAAAGUCGUUUAGGCAAAGGUUGAUAGAAAAAUAAAAUUAAAAUACUACAUUAUGUAUAAAGUUAACGCACUUUAUGACAUUCCUCAGUACUGUAGUAAUUUCACUCAGCAGCUAUUACUUAUUUUACUCAAACUUGGAAUUGACAAACUUGUUUUUCUGCAAUAGACGAUCAAGAUUGAAGUUUUAUAGAGAUGUAACAGUAACUUUCACGAAAUUAUUUUUUAUAGAUUUAAACUCGACUAGGCAAAUUAAAUCCACAUGUUAAUUUGUAAAAUAUUGACGGUAAAUUUAAAAAAUGCAUUUAAUAAAUGAUCUUGUUAUGAGCAUAAUUCUCCCGGAUUUCAGUCAAAUUCGAAGCCAUAACUCGCGAAUAAUAAUAAAUUACAAUUUAUUUUGAUUCUUUAAAAUCAUAAAUAUACAUUUUACAGUGUGAUUGUUAUACUAAAUAUUACAAAUUUUUUUCAACAUGAUUUCAAUAAUCACAUUUUAUUUUUAUACAAAUGUUCAUAUCUCUACGCAUAUAUAUAAAUAUGUAUAUCUGCUUUCCUUUGAAACGUUCGACUAUAACAUUUUCUGAAACCAUGUAGUGUAAGCUAUUUAGUAUUUCCACAAAAACUCUUACAUGAAGUGAUUUGGUAUCUACACAUCAGCAAGUACGAAUUUGCUACAGUCGAAUUUCAUCAUACUCAGACGAAAAUUUUCGAACAUAGCCACAUCCAAAUUACGGAUAAGUUCUUCAAAGUAUUGAUAAUGCAUAAUUCAAAUUUGAACUAGCAUCAUUUUAUUAAACGGGAAGAAAUCUAUGGAAUGAAAUAUUAAACGUAUUUCUGGUUCCAGAUAAGACAAAAGGCUUAGGCUUUUCCAGUAUGAUUUGAUUUGUCCAGGGAGUCUCCAGAAGAAUGUAACGAACCUACAAAUAAAAUAACAAUUUAUACAUAAACAAUAAUUCAGAUGCACAUGCGUAUAUAUAAUAUAUUUGAUUCUAAUUUGCUUGGUAGCGUAUUAGUGAUGGUAUGGAUCUGGUGAAUCAAGUAAUCAAGUUAGUGCGUUAUGUUUUGGAAUUUCAAAUAACAGUUUGCAAGCAAGAAAGCUUAACCAAGUGUCAAAAAUUGAUUCUACUUGACAAAUGGUAUUGAUUUUUCCGUUCAGGCAACAUUUUUAAAUAUUGACUCUACUGAAAACCAAUUAUGAAAUGGGAUGGUUAAGCAAACUAAGGUGAGUCUGUGCCUUGCAUUAAGUGCUAUGCGUGGUCCUUAGGACAAGUGUAAGCAGUUGGCUUUACAAUUAACCACUAAUACGUAUACAUAUAAACACAAAGCCAAUAAAAAAAACAGAAAAAUUAAAUAAGUAAGUGCCAUUAGUGUACAAAGAAAAGCUGUAUUGUUAAAAUAGUACUGAUUCAAUAUGUGUAAAGUAGUUAAUGUUUCACAACUGAAGAUCGAUGAUAAAGACGUGUAAUUGAGCAUUCUACUCUAUGAUGUGGUGCUAUAUGAAUAAAUAUAUUCUGCUCAAUAACUGGAUUACACAAUUAAGAACUGCUAGAAAAAAAGUAUAUAAAGUAAAGAUCUAAAAUAAACCUGCCACAGAUUCUAUUUUGAAUUAUUUCCUUCCAUUGUACUCCAAAACUGCCUUACUUUAGAGAAGCGCUUGCGUCCUUGCGUGCACAAAUAUAAAAAUCCAACCGAUUACAAUAUGACUGAAAUAAGAAUCAUUCCAGUUUCCCUAAAGCCGGAGGUGAGGUGAUGUGAGUAUUUUGUGUGAAAGCUUUUAUGCGAUUUUUGAAACAAACCUUUGUGGUUCCGUACACGCUGCUCACGUUGAUGGGGAUGGAAAACCGGAUUUCGUGUGGGUGGUAAUAUAUCAUCCCCCCAUGAAUGCAAAGUUCC